AUGCCCGUCUACCAUAGCGUCGUAAUUGAGGCUGAUGACAAAAAAAGUAAUGGAUCAGCAGCAAAAAUUCUCUAUAUUACUCCGAAAUACAAUAGAAAAGCUCAUUCUAAAAAAUGUGGAACCUUCCCGAAAGUUCUAAUUGGCGCCACAAUGGCUCUACUUGCCAUUUUCCUUAUUGCCUCUCUCGGACACUUUUUAUACGAAAAGUUCGGUCCUGAACCAGUGAAUUCUCGGACUUUGCUAGACCUUUGGGAUGUGAAUGAGUCGGCGAAGGAAGCGAUAAAGAAGGAAAUUCGGAAAUUAUCGAAAAAGGGGCCGCUGAAAAUCGAUUUGUGUCGAUUUUUCCGCGAAGAAAAUCCAUUUCAGCUGGAAUUUUUCGAUUUUAACGGAAAAGAAGAAAAAGAAAAAAAGAAGCAUCUGCAUGAGAAAAUUCGAGAAUUGGCACGUCUUCUAGAGAAGCUUCUGGAGAUUGGAGUACAUUUUGAUUUCGAAAAUUUGAAUUCCCGCGCACUGGGCUUCCAAUCUGUCACCGAUGAGCAAUACUUGCCAAGGGCUCCGUUUAUGCUUCAGAAGAAGAUGAUGCAUAUUCUGGAGAAGUUUCAGAGCUCCACCGUCUCAAUCUCGCCAAUUUUCAUGCGCCCAUCUCGAAUGAUUCGCAGUUUCCGUCAUCGAUUGGACCAAAUCACCACGUUGGACCUGGGAAAUAUGAAAUCGUUGGCAGCAUGCAAACUGCGCUCUACCGUACUCCCAUCGCUGGAAAAAUUGGAAAAUUUCACCUGGAACCAUGCGAAUCAUUCGGUUAUUCAUAAGAUUCAGAAUAAGGACCAAUUGAAAUCUCUAAAUUUGACUUUUCAUAUCAUUGGAAGACCCAAUUUUGGGGAAUUCGAGUUUUUGAAGGAUUUUCGGAAUCUGGAGACAAUGUAUUUUGGAUUCUCCGUACCCCAUAAUCCCUCUCGUAUGGAAAUGGACGUUCUUCUGAACCUCUACCAAGCGAUUUGGAGUCGAAAACACGGAAAUCUGCUCGAUGCCUACCCCAAAAUCCAAAAUCUCGGAUUCUGGAAUGUUCCGGAAAAGGUACAAAUUCAUCUCAAAUUUCUGGAAAAAAAUACUAAAAAUUUUAAGAUUUUUCAACGGCUCUCGAAACGUGGAUUGCCCAUAGAAUCGUUGAAUUUCGGAAGUUUGGACCAGUCGUUGACCAAAUUGUGCUCUUUUGAUUCGGUUUUACAGGCGUUUUUCAAAUUUGAGGAGCUGGAAAAUGCGUUGGAUUAUCCUGUUGUGAAGCAUUUGAAUAUGAAUCUCCAUACAAUGCCAGCCGUGGGUCUCGAUUAUUACCUUCCAAAUCUAAUGAAUCGAAUCAAUCAAUAUCCUGGAAUCCAGACGAUUUCUCUUCUAUUCAAAUGCAUUUUUCAUGCUCAAAUGACGUCAUCAUGGAGUAUGGAAUCGAAAAAAGAGAAGAAUUCAAGAAGACGUCCGAUUCUAGAUGCCACGUAUACCGAAUUCAAACUACAUUCAGAAGGUCUCUGUGGAUUGCUCGAUUUGGAUCGUCAACUGCCUCAAUCGCUUGAAAAAUGUGAAAUUUCGUUGAAUUUGCCUGCUGAAACGGGACGAAAAGUGAUUCCAUCCGUUUUGGAUUUUAUUCAAAAAUUGGGAUCUCUGAAUGAUUUUCCAGAAUUGAUCGAAUUUCAUAUUCAAAUUUUGGGCGUCAAAUGUUUUGAGCAACUAGUCCAUCAAAUCGGUGAACACCUCGGUCCCCAUCUUCACCGUGUCAGCAUCUACGCUCCAUUGAACUGCACUGAGAAAUCCACAGCUAAGCGACUGAUGACCCGAAUCGCUGAGCUAUUUCCACGUGCCAUAGAAAUCUCACUUCCCGUCGAUUUCUUCCGAAUUCUAAUGUCAGAAUCUGCUCAAAAUUCGCCAAAUUGGCGUCAGAAAAUCACAAAACUCGCCAGGAAAUAUUCAUUUGAUAUGGAAAAAUGUUGUAUUUCAACUGGAUUCUUGCCACGUGGCAGUGCAUUCAUGCCAAAAGGGGAGGAGCCAAGAGAGAUGACACAAGAGGAGGAGGAAAGAGAAAUUGAGGAAUUGGAAGAGUCAAUGAUUGGGAAUGGAGGAGUGGAAAUGAUUGAGGACGACGACUGGAUCGUAGACGACGACGACGAUGAUGGUGAAGAGGUGGAAGGCGACGAAACGAACGAUUUCGAGAACACUGAAAUCGUUUACGAAUCCGAAGAGGACGAGCUGGACGAUUUGGAGAGGAAACUGGAAAAAGAAAGCGAUCGGCGGCAUCAAAAAUGGCAGAAAAAGCAGAAGAAACGAGUGAUUCUGGAGGAUUCAGAAGACGAUGAUGACGUGGAGAAUAAGGAAAAUCUGGAUGAUUCUCAUGAUGUCGUCGAUUGGAAUAAACUGUCAGAAGGCGAGGAAGAGGAUUCAGAUGAGAACGAUGAUGGGAAUAGGAAUGGGUUGUUUGAUGAUCAGGCUGUGGAAUCGGAUAGGGAAGAAUCAGAAGAUGACGUGGCAGAUGAAGAGGAGGAGGACGAGGAGGAACCAGAAUUGGAGAGCUUGGAUGAUUCGGACGAUGAGCGCCUUUUUGAAAAUGGUCCAUCGCGAAAACGUCAAAUCGAGCAACAACAACGAAAUGCCAAACGUCGUCGUAUCGUGAUUUCAGACGACGAGGAGGAGGAGAAUUGA